AUGAACGUUCCUGACAUUAAUGAACUUAUUGUCAACCACCAGACCCGUGCAAUUUUCGAGUAUUACACAAUUACUGAAAUUGUCAACAUUUCAUGGUCAAUUCUCUUCAAAUCCCACAACAUUCUCUUCUUCUUCAUGAAGUGCUUCUACAACGGCGACUUCUCAUGCAACUCUUCAUAUGAUAAACCUGCUUUGUACUCCGCCGCCAAAUAUUCCCCAAUUUGCAUCGUCCAAUUGAUCAUUGACCACGGUGGAAAGCUCGAACUGGGUGGAGUACACAGCAAGACACCACUCAUGGCCUCAAUUAACAAGCACGGGUUCUCAAUUUCAGAACAUUUAAUGAAAUUGAACGCAAACAUCGACGCGAAGACAGAUGAAGGCACGACAGCACUCAUGCUUGCAUGCGCACGUAAUGAUACUGUUGCUGCGAAGUUUUGUUUCGAUCAUAAAUCUUUUAUUGAGUCAUCUGACUUCUGUGAGACCACAGCAAUCAUGCACGCGACACGCCACAACUCGUUUGAUUGCGUAAAGCUGCUGAUCCAGAUAAAAAUGAUAUCUCUGGAAUGA